AUGCGUUUAAUUUCAUAUACAAAUGUGCCGCUCAAAAUAAAUUAACAAAAAAUAUGAGUUCAUCAAAUAAACUGGAUAUUAUUGAUUAUAAAAAAUCCGAAGUUGAAAAUUCUGACGAAAUAUUUCAAUUUGGAAAUGACGAAAUUGAAAUUGAAAAGAAUGAAUAU